CACUCGCGCGCUCCUCAUCAACUACUUUUCUCGAAAUCUCCCCCAAGAGUGCUGUACACACUUUUCUCUGGCCCCGAGAAAUCAGUUGAUUCGCUGUGGUGCUCCGAGAUUGGCGCACACGAAAGGAGAUCUCUUGAUUUUCGAAGAAGAAAAAUUGUUGGUUUUGUUUCUUGCUCUCGCAAAAGACAAAUUCGCGGAUUACAAAAGGGAUUCGCAGUGGUGAAAAGUGAAUUGAUAUUAUUACAUAUUUUGGAGAAGUUGCUCUGCAUAAUUCUCCUUCUUACAUUAUAUUCUGCGAUAUUGCGGACAGUCGCUGAGAAAACACUCACACCAUUUAGUCGUCACCGUGGCUCACAAAGAAAGUGUUACAUAAGUGAAAUUAUGAUCGAUCCGUACAAUUGCGAUAGUGUUGCGACUUCGAAUUAAGACAAGUUGUUUCAUUAUAAUUUCUUCAUUUGCCGUACUUCCACGGCGCUCCGCACAUCACACGCCGCAGGAUCAUUUUACCAUAGCUAGUGCAUUUUAUCAGACAAGUGAUGUUGCUCACAUGAGACAAUAAGGACAGUUUCAGCGCCCAUUUAUUGCUAUAGAGCUUAGAGAUUUGAUAGGGGAAUUUCUCAACGGUCGAGCAUCAAUUGAUUGGUGGCGUGUUUGGUUUAGUGUGCUUGCUGAGGAGAUCAUCAAUUUCUUGAAUUCACAAAAGAGCGCCCCAACGCAAGUUUGGAACAACUUCUUCAGCUCCCAUUCAGCACACGGCAAGAUUAGACUAUCAUCACAAUGGACAUUGUGGCGAGGAAGAAUGAGGAGAAUCUGAAGAUCACACGAGAGCUGGAGUUCACACAGAUUCGGGACACAAAUGACAAGUCAGUCAUACAGAAGUUCUACCAUGGCAAGAACCUCUUCAUCACCGGUGCUACAGGUUUCAUGGGGAAGAUCCUCAUUGACAAAUUGCUGCGAUCGUGCACAGACAUUGAGAACAUCUACAUUCUUGUGCGACCCAAGAAAGGAAAAGAUAUUCACACCCGCAUUGAAGAAAUAUUUGAUGAUCCGGUUUUCAACAAAUUAAGAGAUGAAGUGCCUAAGUUUCGACACAAAAUUGUUGCAAUACCAGGCGAUUGUGCAAUAGCCGGUCUCGGGCUGAAAUUGACAGAUCGGCAGACGCUAAUCUCCAACGUGAACAUUGUCUUCCAUGCAGCGGCCACGGUGCGCUUCGACGAGAAACUCAAACUGGCGGUCGGCAUCAAUGUUCACGGCACGAGAGACAUGCUGAAUCUCUGCCAGCACAUGAAGCAAUUGAAGGCAGUUAUUCACGUUUCAACCGCCUACGCUAAUUGCCAUUUGCGGCAUAUCGAGGAGAAGUUCUACAAUUAUCCCAUCCACUUCAAUGAUUUGGAUAGAUUGAUUGAAAAAUUGGAUGACAAAUCUCUGGAGGAAAUCACACCGACAAUACUGGGAAAGUGGCCUAACACCUACACCUUCACAAAGGCUCUGGCCGAGGACGUGGUGAGGCUGAAUGGCAAGGGCCUGCCCGUGGCCAUCUUCCGACCGGCUAUUAUCACAUCAACCAUCUCAGAGCCCGUGAGCGGCUGGAUUGACAAUCUCUAUGGUCCGACCGGCGUCGUGGCCGGCGCCGGAACUGGAGUCCUCAGGACGAUGCACUGUGAUAAAGAUAUUACUGCCAACAUUGUACCCGUGGACAUGUGUGUGAAUGCCCUGAUCGCGAGUGCCUGGGACGUGGCCAAACAUCACAGUGAGAGCAUCGAACAGAAGAAUGUCCCCAUCUUCAAUUACGUGUCAUCCACGGAGAAUCCUCUGACUUGGGGCCGAUUUACCGAGUUGAACAUCAAGCUGGGCUUCGAAUAUCCCUUCUCGAGUGCAAUUUGGUAUUUAAGCUUCCACAUGCACAAAUCGGCGACUGUGAACAAGAUCUACAUGAUCUUCCUUCACUUUUUGCCAGCGAUGCUCAUUGACUCACUGGCUCUGUGUGUCGGCCAGAAACCAAGGUUACUUAAGGUGUACAAGAAGAUCCACAAAUUUGCCAACAUCAUCUCCUUCUUCUGCAACAACGAGUGGGUCUUCACCAACAGCAACGUACAAGAGUUAUGGCGCAAGUUGGAUCGCAGCGAUCGGAAUCUCUUCCAGUUCAGCAUGAGGGAUGUCGACUGGGCCAGCUAUUGUCACUUCUACAUCCGCGGCAUGAGGAUCUACCUCUUCAAGGACGAUCUCUCCACACUGGACGCGGCCAGGCGGAAAUGGCGAAGAUUUUACUGGUUCCAUCAGCUCCUCAAAGGCACGAUUCUCUCGCUCCUCCUCUACGCGCUAUGGACAAUGUUUUCGGGCUAUGUUUGCCAUUAAUAUUCGCAGGCACUAAUCUAUAUAUGCAUAUUGAAUAAUGGGAUUGAUAAGUGUUGUAAAAAUGUUAUAAGAGGAUAAUGAUUACCAAUAUUGUAAUAUUUUUUAUAUAAAUAUAUAUAUAUAUAUAUCUCUACAUUAAAUAAUGAUGAUAAUAAAUUGUGUAAAUAUGAAAAAAAUGUAGGUCGCAUAGGUAAAAAGAAGCAAGAAAAAAUGAAUAAGGCAAGAAUUUCUGGCAUUCGGUGUAAAAUGUGUGUGGCAAUAGUAGUAGGAAGAUGAGCAUUAUAGGUAUGUUAGGAUGUUAAGGAUUAUAACUGCAAGGCGAUAACUUUAGUGUGUAGUUUGUGAGAUGUUAAGUUAAGGAAGCAACCCCAGAUUGUAUGUUUUAAUUUGAUAAAGUAUCAUUUAAGAUAACCAAAAAGUGGAUGAUUUUUGUAAGAAGAAAUUCUUUUUGUAUAAUUUAUUUGCUUUUUUGGAGAAUUUACGUUAGUGGUCUAAAAGGAACAAAAAAAAUCUCUAAAUUUACACCCACGCAUUGCAAUUUCUUCUAUUUUAUCACAAAAAUCCAUAUACCAUUUACAUUGUAAGUUGGAUCUAUUUUCUCUCUUUCUCUCUCUCUCUCUCUCUUCUGCUGUAUUG